AUUUGAUGAAUAAAGGAAGAGUCCACGCUUUUUGCACCGGGUAGUCAUGAAAGAAGCUCUCUGAUGUGAACGGCGGUCACAAAAGCACGUGUCGGCUUUUGUGUUGGUCAUAACCGUGCGCAUCAAAGAGCAGUCAGAUCGUUUCCAGCGUGAAGAAAUGAGCUCUGUCAGAGAAGAAGGUAAAGACCGAAUCAUCUUUGUCACCAAAGAGGAUCAUGCAGCACCCAGUAGUGCUGAGUUUGUAGAGGAAGAUCCUGAUGAUCCAUAUGAGGAGCGAGGUUUGAUUCUUCCUAAUGGAGACAUCAACUGGAACUGCCCCUGCCUGGGCGGAAUGGCCAGUGGUCCCUGUGGGACGGGCUUCAAAGACGCCUUCUCCUGUUUCCACUAUAGCAAAGAGGACGUGAAGGGCUCUGACUGCCUUGAACAAUUCCGGGCCAUGCAGGAGUGUAUGCAGCGUUACCCAGAGCUCUACCCACAAGAAGACGACAACGUGCCUCAGGAGCAAUACAAAGAAAUAGAACAAGCCUCAGAAGACGCUGCAUCUGCAGAAACAUCAGUUGCAAACUCCACGUUUACCAGUGAGCAAGACUCUAAUACCAAACAGUCCAACACAGAGAACUCUGAAGCAAGUUAAUAAGUGAUCGUGGUCCAUUUUUAUAUUUAACAAGAUCUUCAACUGCUUUUUUUGUAAAGAAAGGUACUGAUAUUUUUGUUAGUAAAAGAAUGUUGUCUCAUUGAAAGUCCUUCUAGUUUUUCCUCUUAUUGGGGUUAUUUGACAGUAGUGAGCUCCACAGAGCUAUUUAUUAAAACCAUCAUUGCAUCUACAAAUACAAGCUGUCUGCUUGUUCAGGAAGUUCAGUUUAAGUUAGAUUUAAAAUGCCAAAUUUAUGAUUAUGACAGGUUUAUACUUUUUAAACUAAUAUAUUAUGAUCAGUGAAAAUGAAAAACACAAAAGAACCUUUGUACCAAGGAUCAGUACAAUUUCAUUGUGCGUAACAGGUCCAACACUGUAAUAUGUAAUAAUAUGUAAGUUUGUUGUUUUUUUUAUAUGUUUGCUGUAUUUAAGUAUGUAACACACGACUGAUUAAAAUAACUUGAAGGGAACAUUUUUGAAGGCUAUUGAUAAUAAAAUAAUAAUAAAACA